CAUCAAAGACAAGACGUGAUGCUCAGCCUGAGGGACAUCAGUGUUUUUGUGUCCUGUCUUCUGCUCUUUUUUGUCCAAUCAUAUCAUGGAGCUGAGAUUAUUGGAGGUACAGAAGUCAAACCCCACUCAAUGCCUUUCAUGGCUCUGUUGGAGAACAAAGAUCCAGUCUGUGGAGGGAUUCUGAUCCAUCCAAAAUGGGUUCUGACAGCAGCUCACUGUGACAAUAUUAAGAAGGUGUUGCUGGGCGUGCACUCCAUCAAAGAAAAGGAAAAGGAUUCCCGGCAGAUCAGGAUCGUGAAGAACAGCAUUCCUCAUCCCUGUUAUGACAAGGAAGAGAAGGUUAAUGACCUCAGGCUGCUGAAGCUUGACAAACCAGUGAAGCAGACCAAGACGGUUCAAUGUCUGUCCUUGCCCAAAAGCUCCAGAGACCCUGCAGGUAAGAGCAGGUGUGUGGUGGCUGGGUGGGGCAAAACAAAGAACAACGCUAUCAAAGGCUCCGACGUCCUGAGGUCAGUGAACGUGACUGUGAUCGACAGACGGACGUGUAACUCCCAGGAUUAUUACAACCUGAAACCUUUUAUCACCGGUGACAUGAUCUGUGCCGGUUCAGAUGGGACCAACAGCGCUGACUCCUGUCAGGGUGAUUCAGGAGGCCCCCUGCUGUGCAACGGCGUCUUAACUGGAGUCGCAUCCUUUGGUUACAAGUGUGGCCUGAUCAAAAAGCCUGGAGUGUACGCUUAUCUCUCUGACAGACAACUCUCCUGGAUCAAGAAGACAAUAAAGUAAUGUG